GAAGCUCUUAGGUUACAGAGACCAGAUAUGUUUGAUAUCAGACGCAAAAGAUGUUCGAAAUCAGAGAAGAAAUAUGUUCGUUGAUUCCAGAAUUUCUUUUGCAAUUUACACCAAAAAGGUUUGCCGUACCUGGAAACGUACAGCGGACCACACUUGACUACAGCAUGCGUUCCGUUUUUUGACGUCACCAGUCGUCAUAGGAUACGACACAAGAUGAUGGGCCAAAGCGAUUGAUCCAUACAUACUGUCUUGUGGUGUCUAUGCAUUUCAGCGAUAUCUUGUGGGAUGUCUAAUUUUGUUCCUUUCUUUAUUAUUUUGUUUUGUCUAUAGACUAACCGAACUUUCGAUUUGUGACGUUCUGUAUUGUCUUGUGGUGUCUAUAGAUUUAAGCGAUAUCUCGUUUGUGCCGUUCUGUAUUGUCUUGUGAUGUCUAAAGAAUUAAGCGAUAUCUUGUUCGUGCCGUUCUGUAAUGUCUUGUGAUGUCUAUAGAUUUAAACGAUGUCUCGUUUUGUUACGUUCUGUAUAGUCUUGUGGUGUCUAAAGAUUUAAGUGAUAUCUCGUUUAUAAGUGACGUUCUGUAUUGUCUUGUGAUGUCUAUAGAUUUAAGCGAUAUCUCGUUCUGUGCCGUUCUGUAUAGUCUUGUGAUAUUUAUAGAUUUAAGCGAUGUCUCGUUUUGUGCCGUUCUGUCUUGUCUAGUGAUGUAUAUAAAUAAAAACGAUGUCUAUGGAUGAUCUACCUUUGUAUAAUAGUUUAAAGAUAUAUGUUUGUGUUUAGUUGUAUGUGCUGAACAACUUGCAUAUAUACGGAUUAAUAUGCCAUAUCGUCGAAUAUGAUGCGAAAGAUUCGCGCUUUUUAACAAAAGCAAAAACUAUAAUAUCUAACAAGACGGGAAACGUCAAAACACGGCAUGGUGGAAAAUCGCGCGUACAUUUAUCCAUCCAUCGGACGAAGGUAUGUAAUGAACCAGUCUAUAUUUGUUUACAGCUGUUUGUUUACAUGUUUAUUAUCAAUACGGACUAAAAACAAAGUUAACCAUUGAAGUCCCAGUUAUCAAAACAAAGCCACGAAUGAUUCAAAAGGUCGCAUCCAUAAAAACAAAACGUUCCCCGAAACCGUGGUCACCUUCAAUCAUUAGAUAUGUGCAAAGUAUCGUACUAAUCCAUUCGAACUUAAUAUCAGAAUUGAGCACUAUAUAAAUUGACAUUAAUUUUUAUUAUAUAAUAUAUACGAAUAUCAUGUAUAAUCGUACAGUUUCACCGACGUCCAUAGUUAGCGUACCAACAGUUCCAGCGACUUCCGGUAUAUCUGGUGUCACAACGUCUGUACUAACAGCAUCGUCAACAACCACACCUUCGGUCGUCAUAACAACCGCCAAUACCCCAUCCCUGAUCACAACUUCGACCACGCCCCUAGCGGAUGUAACGAAUGGUCGCCAUGGGAACAAUGCGACGUCACAUGUGGAAACGGUUGGACCACGAGGGUACGACAGUGUGUUGACGAAAAUGGUGCGACAUUGGACGCAGUGGACAGGCAGAUGUGUAAUAAUGGAGAAUGUCCGGUGAUCGACGUUUGCUCAGCCUGGAGUAAUUGGACACCGUGUAGUGUCACGUGUGGGAAAGGGACGCAACUCAGAUACAGGACAUGUGAAACACAAGGUGAACCGGGAACAACUUUGUUUGGGAACCAGGAAUACGUUAACGAAACGGUAACCUGUAUACUUAACCCCUGCUUCUGUACACUUACUUCGGAGGAGUUCUUCCUGGAAUUUAAAUUUUACCCUCAAGGUGACGUCAUAGGCCACGUAGAGAAAGACGGGGAUGCGGGAGUAACGUCAUCAGAGGAAACGGUUUACGUGGGGGACGAAGUGGAAAUAGGAACAGUGAUAUCCGUACCGUGUGGAGAAGGUGUGUGUUUAGAUGGUGGAUUAUUAUCUUACUACUACAACGAUUCCUGUCAAGAGUGCGUUUAUUCCAUGUGGACAAAUUGGACGGAGUGUUCAAGGUCGUGUGACGUGGGUCAAAGGUCAAGGUCACGGGAUCUACAGACCGUCCAGAACGCGUACAUGUGUCAUGACGUCACAACGGAAACGGAAGACUGCAAUACUCAAAACUGCCCUGCUGUGUGCGUUUGGUCUCCUUGGAAUUCAUGGUCCAAUUGCUCUGAUGGUGAAUCAUGUGCCGUCGGGAGCCGGUCCCGAAGCCGUCAGCCGUCAACGGAUGUCGCGGACUGUCCUGGAACCGCCAUAGAGACGGAGCCUUGCGGAGGAUGCGAGGAAGAAACGUCUUGUGAUAAAAACAAAAUCUGGGUCAACGAUCCUGGUUGCCCAUUAACCUGCAAGGACGCUAGAGUUCACGACUCAUGCGUAGAAAGCGACAUUUCAACAUCCGGUUGCGCAUGCCCAGAAGGGAAGGUACUCUUAAAUGACGAGUGUAUUGACGUCGAACAGUGCCCGUGUUAUGAUGAAUUCGGUGUACCUAUAUACCUCAUGGAAAUGCAUUUGCCCGACAUCUGUACGAUAUGCACGUGUAUAAAUGGUUCCUUAGAGUGCUCCGACGACCCGGAUACCCAUUGUUGUAGUCACAAUGACUGGACGGGGUGGGGCGAGUGUAGCGUUACAUGUGGGGAUGGAGAUAAACACCGAUAUAGACAUCCGCUUCACAACGAAACCGAAUACUGUCAAACAAAAGUGGAGACCAUCGCCUGCAGCUCCGAGUGUCCGCCGGACUGCCUGUUUGACGGACUGCCCUACAGUAGCGGUCACGUCGUUAACGGGGAUACAUGCACGACAUGUUACUGCGCGGUUGUGAACGGUGAGGGAAUCAAACAAUGUGUCAACAACUCCGACGCUACCGUCGAAGGUUCCUGGACAGUUUGGAGUGAUUGGUCCACUUGUUCUCGCACGUGCGAGGGCGGGGACCAACAACGCAUGCGCACGUGUAGUGACCCACUUCCGGUAUGCGGUGGUGUCGCGUGUCCUGGAGAAAACGUGGAAUAUGCGGAUUGUAAUGGCAAUGUAUCAUGCUGCGACGUGACGUCAUAUGGCGACUGGAGCGAAUGUAGCGUCACGUGCGGGGAAGGUGAGAGAUUGCGAACUCGGGAAUACGUAAUUCCGGCAGAUGACGGCGUAUGUGACAAGCCUUUGGUUGAAGCAGAGCCCUGUAAUGGUCUACAAUGCAAUUUGUUGUGCGAAAUGGAUUGGAGCGCGUGGACUGCAUGCUCUCGCACGUGCGGCCUCGGGGAACGGAUGCGCGCGCAGGUCAUCAUUGUUAACGCUUCCGACUGUCCGCUUCCUAGUAGCGAAAUUGGCGAAUGCUAUGCUGUGGACUGUGUAUGCGAUGCCGCAAAUAUGCAAUGGACCAACUACAGCUUGUGUUACGAGUCAUGUGACCCUACAACAUCCGGGCUUCAGUGUGACGUCAUAAACGAGGGAUGUGCAUGCGCUGAAGGAUUUUACCUUGAUGCAAGAGGAAACUGUGUGAACCAUACUGACUGUGGAAAAUGUGUAGACGAACAGGGACGCCAAUACCAGCCAGGAGAGGUAUUUGAUGACCCUGACGAUUUGUGCCGAACAUGUGAGUGUGUGGCAGGGCUUAUCAUAUGUCAGCCUAAACACCCGGUACCUGAUUGCGCUGAGGGGGAAGAACUCAGUUAUGAAACCUCAAACAUGUGCGCCCCCUUCUGCAAACCGAAACCAAACACAUGCUCCAAGCAGACCCGUAACAGCACGUUGUUCGACCCCGCCAGUGGAUGCACCUCCCUAGAACCUGUGCCUUACGAUUACUGUACGGGAACGUGUGGCAACAGCACGUCGCAACCACGAAUACUGUUUAACUUGGACAACGGAGAAGUGCUGAAUGAUGACUGUGCUUGUUGUCAAGGCUUCCCGAGUUCGGAAUACUUGACCGUGACGAUGGACUGCAGCGGACGAACGGAAACGGCGUACAUUUACCGCAUAGAGUCAUGCAGCUGUGAACCUUGCCCUAACCUAUCUUCCGACGCUGCCUCUGUGUUACGACGCUAAAAAACCCAUUUCGUGUACCAAUUACUAACGAAACCUUUAAUAAAAACAACUUAUUUGAAUUAUGGUGAACUUUUAUGUCUUAGAAUCAGUUCUCUCUUUUUAAUUUGAUGUUUACGAACUAACGAAUUGUGCAUUUGAAAGUUCCUUGGUUCUUUUAUUUGUUCUUGAACCGGUACUGUAUGUGAUAUGUUUAUUGACUGAUGUUUUGGUAACACCACGUGACAUGGUAUGGAUUUACCACGUGAUAUGUGGCCUGAUGAUACCACGUGACAUAACGGGAUGAUACCACGUGACAUGACAUGAUGAUACCACGUGACAUUCACAUGAUAAUACCACGUGACUUGACAUAAUGAUACCACGUGACAGGGCAUGGCGACUGUUAUGAAAGCUUUAUGGCUUGAAGUUAGUUACAUGCGGUUAGACGUUUUAAUGUUUUGAAAUGUAACAUACACAGACUGUGAUAAUGAGUUCUUGAAUAAAUAAAGAAAACCA